AUGCAUCAAGGGGCCGUGUUCAUGUUUUACCUUGUGGCGGUACAUCUGUUGACAUUAUCACGUCUUGAGCUUAAUACUUCACUCAGCUUCCAAAAUCUUCACUCAGCCCCAAAAAAUUUUAUUCAGCCCCCAAGACCUUCACUCAGCCCCAAGAAUCUUCACUCACAUAAAAAAUAUUCAUUCAGCCCCCAAGACCUUCACUCAGUCCCCAAGACAUUCAUUCAGCCUCAAGAUCUCCACUCAGCCCCAAGACCUCCACUCAGCCCCCAAGACCUCCACUCAGCCCCCAAGACUCACUCAGCCUCAAGCAUCUCCACUCAGCUCCCCAAGACCUUCACUCAGCCACCAAACCCAAAACCUCCACUCAGCCCCCCAAGACCUCCACUCAGCCCCCAAGACCUCCACUCAGCCCCCAAGACCUCCACUCAGCCCCCAAGACCUCCACUCAGCCCCCAAGACCUCCACUCAGCCCCCAAGACCUCCACUCAGCCCCCAAGACCUCCACUCAGCCCCCAAGACCUCCACUCAGCCCCCAAGACCUCCACUCAGCCACCAAAGCCUUCACUCAGCCCCCAAGACCUUCACUCAGCCCCGGGGUAUUUCCAGUCUUUUUCCAGGUGUGGACGUCUGGUGUCCACUCACCGGCCCCCCACGACCACUCCCGGAAGUCAACCUCCGCCACGACCCAGCAUGACCUGCGGCCACGUCUUUGGGACCUACUUUCAUUUUCAUAUGGACGAGACACAACACAAACAACACGAGUCAUCACAACACGAGUCAUCACAACACACCGUCAAAGCUGUGGCCGCAGUACCUGCCGUAACCUCCUUCACCUGCUACUGCUCCUUAAACCAUGUCUUAGUAGCCUCCUUCACCUGCUAUUGCUCCUUAAACCACACCUCAGUAGCCUCCUUCACCUGCUACUGCUCCUUAAACCACGUCUUAGUAACCUCCUUCACCUGCUACCGCUCCUUAAACCACGCCUUAGUAACCUCCUUCACCUGCUACUGCUCCUUAAACCACGCCUUAGUAACCUCCUUCACCUGCUACUGCUCCUUAAACCACGCCUCAGUAACCUCCUUCACCUGCUACUGCUCCUUAAACCACGCCUCAGUAACCUCCUUCACCUGUUACUGCUCCUUAAACCACGCCUUAGUAACCUCCUUCACCUGCUACUGCUCCUUAAACCACGCCUUAGUAACCUCCUUCACCUGCUACCGCUCCUUAAACCACACCUCAGUAGCUCCUUCACCUGCUACUGCUCCUAAACCACGCCUCAGUAACCUCCUUCACCUGCUACUGCUCAAAUCCAGUAACCUCCUUCACCUGCUACCGUCAUUAGUAGCCUCCUUCACCUGCUACUGCUCCUUAAACCACGCCUCAAUAGCCUCCUUCACCUGUUACUGCUCCUUAAACCAAGCCUUAGUAGCCUCCUUCACCUGUUACUGCUCCUUAAACCACGCCUCAAUAGCCUCCUUCACCUGUUACUGCUCCUUAAACCAAGCCUUAGUAACCUCCUUCACCUGCUACUGCUCCUUAAACCACGCCUUAGUAACCUCCUUCACCUGCUACCGCUCCUUAAACCACACCUCAGUAGCUCCUUCACCUGCUACUGACGAGGAUGGCGUCCAGCUCCCUCUUAGUAUAUGGAACACCACACUCAUCAAGGUGUUCUAG